UGUCCCGUUUAGAAGUUGAAAGCUUUUACUUUAGGACGGACACGAGUGCUCUUCAUUGACAGAUAUUGAUUAUAGGUCGUUUUUGAAGGAUCCUACCGCAAGAAUAAUUCCGUACGGUGUUACAGAAUUUGUGUUGCAAUUAAAGAAUACUGUACUUCAUAUCCAGUAAAAUGUGUGUUUCAUAAGUUUAUAAGCUACACGUUUUUAUUUUACAAACAGGAUACUUUAUUUUCUAGCUGCCUAUUUUAUAAUGCUGCAAAGGAGAUAGGUCGACAUACAUAUUGUCAAAUAUCUAUUGGGUUCGUUGGACUAAUAAGUGUUGACCAUGGUCGGAUUGGAGUGAACAUUUUCGAGGAUAUUUGACGCCGCGGGUCUCAUCAACGAUCGGUCUACUGUUCGGUGGUCCAGUCAUGACGCUCGGUAGUGUGUCCGCCACCGGGAGCUCGGCGGAGGGCUGCUUCUGCUCCUGCUGCGGAGCGAAAAUGACGCCCAACGGAGUUGUGUCUCAGAACCAAAUCAACCAACUCAUCAGCGACAGCUUCCUGACUGUGAAGGGCGCCGCCGUCUUCCUGCCUCGGGGAAAUGGCUCCUCCCCUUCCUCGGUGCCCGGCAUCAGCCAGCGGCAGAACAAACACACAGGUGACCUCCAGCAGCACCUGCAGACCAUGUUCACUGUGCUGCGGCCAGAAGACAACAUCCGCCUGGCUGUGCGCUUGGAGAGCGCGUACGCUCAGCCUCAGUGCACGCGUUACAUGGUGGUGGUGUCCAGCAAUGGGAGACAGGACACGGAGGAGAGCGUGGUGCUGGGCAUGGACUUUGGCUCCGCAGACAGCUCAUGCACAAUGGGGCUGGUUCUACCCCUGUGGAGCGACACACUGAUCCACUUGGACGGAGAUGGGGGCUUCAGUGUGUCCACGGUCAACAGGGUCCAUGUCUUCAAACCGGUCUCUGUCCAGGCCAUGUGGUCCGCCCUGCAGUCGCUCCACAAGGCGUGCGAGGUGGCCCGCUGUCACAACUACUACCCCGGUAGUCUGUUCCUGACCUGGGUCAGCUACUACCAGAGCCAGGUCUCCUCUGACCAGGUCUGCAUCAACGAGUGGAACGCCAUGCAGGACGUCCAGUCCCACCGCGCCGACUCGCCCGUCCUCUUCACCGACGUGCCCACAGAGAGAGAACGCACAGAGAGGUUGAUCAAGACUCGCCUCCGAGAGAUCAUGAUGCAGAAAGACCUGGAGAAUGUCACCUCCAAAGAGAUUCGCACAGAGCUGGAGAUGCAGAUGGUGUGUAACCUUCGGGAGUUCAAGGAGUUUAUUGACAACGAGAUGAUCGUCAUCCUGGGUCAGAUGGACAGCCCCACAGAGAUCUUUGAACAUGUUUACCUGGGCUCUGAGUGGAACGCUUCUAACUUGGAGGAGCUGCAGAACAGCGGUGUGAGGUACAUCCUCAACGUGACGCGGGAGAUCGACAACUUCUUCCCAGGCAUGUUUGAGUACCACAACAUCCGCGUGUACGACGAGGAGGCCACCAACCUGCUGGAGUACUGGAACGACACCUACAAGUUCAUCACCAAGGCCAAGAAAGCAGGGGCUAAGUGCCUGGUCCACUGUAAGAUGGGUGUGAGUCGCUCGGCCUCAACGGUGAUAGCUUACGCCAUGAAGGAGUACGGCUGGGACCUGGAGAGGGCCUUCGACUACGUCAAGGAGCGCCGCGGCGUCACCAAGCCCAACCCCUCCUUCAUGAAGCAGCUGGAGGAGUACCAGGGUAUCCUGCUGGCCAGUAAGCAGAGGCACAACAAGUUGUGGCGCUCCCACUCGGACAGCGACCUCUCAGAGCGCCACGAGUCUCUGCUGUGUAAGACGCGCCCUCACAGCCACACUUUGGGCCGCUCGGACCCCCACAACAACAACAAUGGCCCCACCCCCUCCCUGCAACGCUUCCUGCUCCAGGCGCUUGACGCCGCCAAUGACCCUGACAACAAGGCCGAGGGCUCCCACAUCUCAGACACACAGUCAGAGCCCGUCCGACUCACCCGCUCACACUCCCACUCCCCUGGCCCGUCAGCGUCCAACGGUCUGUGUGACUCCCGGGAGAACCUGUCUUCUCGAGGGCGAGGACCACGCCAGGACCCCUUCCUCCCGCCGCUGCCUACUCCGCGGGCGGCUACGGUGGUGCCCGAGGAGAGAAUGGACAACUCUGCUCUGGCGGUGGUGGCCGUGACGGUGCCAAUCACCGCCGUCCCCCCAUCCUCCCCCCUCACUGCAUAUACUCCCCCCCUUCUCCCUUCCACCAGCCACUGGCCAAACCCCUCCAUCUAG